AAGUAUUUGCAUUGCUGAUCCUAUCUCGUUUUCUAACAAAACAGAAAGCUCUCCAUUUACCGAAAGCAUUCGGGGGUUUGGACACCAUCACUAUCAAUGGAUGCAGCUUUUUUCAACAAGACAAACUGUACUGUGGUGUCCUCGGUGGAAAGGAACAUGUAUCCAACUGCUUAUUCUCUGUUCUUCAUCGUGGGAUUUCCAGCGAACUGCCUGUCUCUGUAUGUGGCCUGGAUGCUGAUAAGAAAUGGAAACAGCAUGGCAGUGUACUUAUUGAACCUGUCCAUCUCUGACCUGCUCUACACUAUCUCUCUGCCCGUUUGGAUCGAGCUGGCCCUGCGGAAGCCUGUGGAUGAGAGUCUGUGCGGUGUGGUGUCUGUGAUCAUGUACAACAGCUUUUAUGUGGGCUCAGGCCUCCUUUGCUGCAUCUCUGUUGAUCGCUACCUUGCCGUGGUUUAUCCUCUCCACUUCAACUGGGUCCGGGAGAGACGGACCGCGGUGUACGUGAGCAUUGCUGUUUGGACUUCUGAAAUUUGCAUCCACAUUAUCUUACUCCACCACACGGGGGCACUGCGAACCUUCUCCUCGAGCUUGCUUUGUCAAGAGCCGGUACCCAUGACGCUUAAAGAUGCUGACCACUACCUCACAAGAGUCGUCCUGGGCUUCCUGGUGCCUGUCUUCAUCAUGGCCUUCUGUUUCCAGCAGAUCAUGAAAUCCCUCCGUCAAAGCCCGUCCAUCCUGGAAGGGGAGCGCAGGAAAGUGGGCGUGCUGCUCUUGUUUCUACUGCUGACCUACAUAGUGUCCUUUCUGCCUUUCCAGACAGUCAUGCUGCUCAGGGCCGUGCUGGAGCCGGGGGCCUGCGUCUGGGCAGCAAGGCUCAGAGAUCCCUACCUGGUCAGUGUUGCCACGACAACCAUCAACAGUUCACUAGACCCUAUCAUAUACUGCUUGAUCAGUGAGAGCGCUCAAAAAGAGAUCAGAAAAGCCGUGGAGAAAGGGAGGGGAGUUUGGAAGAAUAGUAAGUUGUUUGAGAGCUCGAGUGCAAUUCAGACAAUUUCCUAAAAACUCCAUUGUUCAUUUUAACCAAAUCAAUAUUUCAAACUGUUAAGUUUGUUAUAUACUGAUACAUUUUUACUUGCAUUAUAAUGGUGAUGAUUAUAUGUAAAUUCAACAAUUUUUUUCAAUAAUGUUUUAUUCCAUUUUCAUUUUGGACCCAAUCACUUCUGAAACUUAACUUUUGCUCCUGUGUGUAGACAAUGUGUUGUACAAAUGACAUCCUAGUUAUUGUGUAUCUUGAUAAACUUUGAUUGAGUCACUGUUAACGAUGCAUUUAAAUAAGCCUCCUAUGGUUUGUCUUUCUCUUGUACUAUUGCCUUAUGUGUUCUGUUCAUGUGUGCACUCUGAAUUGCAGUUGAUUUGUAUGAAAGGUGCUAUAUUAAUAAAGACUGAUUGAUCCUUUUA